AUGGGUACGUAUAGAAAGCGCUGGAAUGAGAAGGCCAGAGCAGGCCAGGCUGCAAAGCUAAAGGAACUGAAAAGGAUCAGAAAUAAGCAGUUUACAAAAUACGAUGAUGACUCCGAGCAGGUUUCAGACCAUCCUGAGGGCGAGGAAACGUCGAACCCUAAUGCAGAGGUACUUCCAGCACUCACUGCGGAGGAGAAAGAGCAGAAGAAGCGAAAAUUGGAGGAGCUGUUCACACCAAAGGAAACCAAGAUUUCACGUAAGAAGAAGAAGAGGCUGGAAAAGUUCAUCGAGCACCAGCUGAAACGCGAGGAGAAGAAAGAGAUCAUCUCAAAACUGCAGGACUACAAGAUUGAUACAUCGAUCUUGACGAGCAGCAAAGGUCUUGGUCAUGGGCGCAAGACAAGGAAAGAGGAAUUUGCUGAGGCGCUCAAACUUGAGAAGCAAGGGCUAGGCGAUGAGCAGACCCGAGAAGUCCUCUAUGAGGAGCAUAAGGUGCGUAGCUGGGAGGCAGAUAACGCAGAUGGCUCUGGAUCUUCAGGAGGCGGGAGCGACGAUGACAGCGGAGAAGAUGAUGAAGUAGAUGCGCCGCAGAGGAGUGUUUUCGUUGAUAACCGGCCCGCCAAGUUUGGUGGUUUUGGUUCUGGCUUCAGUUUUGCAAAUGCAGUAGUAGUUGACAAAGGUAAGUCCCGCGAAUCGAAAAAGAAGUAUAACUGGAGACAGCGUCUUGAGCAAGAAGAGCGACGUAAGCAUGAAAAAGACGAUGAUAAUGACUUUGCAUCAGAUUCAGAGAGCGAGUCUAAUGACGACGUUGAGACAAGCGAUAGUUCUUCAGCAGCUGAGGAUGACUCUCAGCCCGAAGAUGAUACAUCAAAGGAAGAUACUGAUCCAGAAAAUAAGAUAGACAAGUUCAAGCAUAGUAAGGUGGGCGAGCAAUUCAAGGAAUGGGCCAAUAGUGAGAUGAAGCGGAUAGAGGGCCGUGAUAAGGAGUAUGUGCUGCCUACUCUGGAGUAUAAAGUAGAAGCUCGUGUUAGGAUGGAAGAUCUAGAUGAUGGUCUCCAGGCUGACAAUGUGCCGGUAGAUGAGUCUUCCACGCGUAAGGCUUUCGUUGUUGAUGUUCAGCGACCAGACACAUUGCAGGCUGUUCGCAUGCAGCUUCCUGUAUUUGCAGAAGAGCAUAGAAUUAUGGAAGCCAUUCACCACAAUGAUGUUGUUAUAAUUUGUGGUGCUACAGGUUCUGGUAAAACAACACAGGUUCCUCAGUUUCUCUACGAAUCCGGUUACGGGCAUCCCGAUGCUCCCGACACGCCAGGUAUGAUCGCCAUCACACAACCUAGAAGGGUGGCGGCUGUAUCCAUGGCUAAGCGUGUUGGGAGUGAACUUGGGAAUCACGGUGACAAAGUUGCUUACCAGAUCCGUUUUGAUUCCACUACUAAGGAAGAUACGAGAGUUAAAUUUAUGACGGAUGGUGUUCUGCUGAGAGAAAUGAUGAAUGAUUUCCGUCUAACCAAGUAUUCUUGUAUCAUUAUCGAUGAAGCCCAUGAAAGAAAUAUCAAUACGGACAUUCUGAUAGGUAUGUUAAGCCGUUGCGUUAAACUACGGGCCAAAGAACACUCAGUUGAUCCAGUCAAGAACAAAAAAUUGAAGUUGAUAAUCAUGUCAGCAACUCUGAGGGUUGCAGACUUCAGUGAAAACUCGAGCUUAUUUGCAACACCCCCUCCAGUUCUUGAAGUCGAGGCGAGACAAUAUCCUGUCGCAAUCCACUUCAACAGGAAGACAUCAUUCGACUAUGCCGAGGAGGCGUUCAAGAAGACUUGCAAGAUACAUAGAAGGUUGCCGCCUGGUGCUAUCCUGAUAUUCAUGACGGGUCAGCAGGAGAUUACACACAUGGUAAAGCGAUUAAGAAAUGAAUUCCCUUUUGCAAAGAACGCUUCCACACGCCUAGAGAUGGAAUCGGAGCUUCCAACGGUGAAAGUCAACCCUGAGACAACAGACAUGGAGGUAGAAGACAUAGAUUUCAGUGUCAAAAUUUCGCAAGAAGAGUACGAUGAUGGUCUAUCGGAUGCCGAGGGAGAGCAUACAGAAGAUUCAGAAGAGGAAGAGGGUUUUGAAGAAGAGUUGGAGGAGGGCCAAUCAGAAAAUGAUCCGCUCUAUGUGUUGCCAUUAUACUCUCUUCUACCCACGAAAGAGCAAAUGAAAGUGUUCGCAGACCCUCCUAAAGGCUCGCGUUUAUGUGUCGUUGCGACUAAUGUCGCUGAGACCUCUCUGACGAUCCCUGGAGUGCGCUAUGUAGUUGACUGUGGGCGGUCCAAGGAGCGGAACUACAAUGAGGAGAGUGGUGUGCAGAGCUUUGAGAUAGAAUGGAUCAGUAAGGCGUCUGCCGAUCAGCGGAGUGGUAGAGCAGGUCGUACCGGGCCAGGUCACUGCUACCGGCUGUACUCCUCGGCUGUUUACGAGAGGGAUUUCCAGCAGUUCUCACGUCCAGAAAUCCUCCGCAUGCCUGUUGAGACAGUGGUACUCCAGAUGAAGAGCAUGUCUAUACAUCGCGUGACCAAUUUCCCCUUCCCAACACCACCUGAGCGCACGGCCCUGGGUAAGGCAGUAGAACUGCUGCAGCACUUGGGCGCUUUGGAUGAAAGCGAGCGCAUUACCGCCGAUGGCAGGAAGAUGUCUUUGUUCCCGCUCAGCCCUCGCUUUGCAAAAAUGCUGCUUGUAAGUGACGAGCAAGGCUGCCUUCCCUACAUCGUCGCCAUCGUCAGUAUCCUAUCUGUGGGGGACCCAUUCAUAUCGGAAAACGAGCUGGGUAUCGACCAAGUAGAUGCGCAGGAUGGCGGUGUGCCGCAUGGCUCAGAUGAACAGAAGCGCCAGUUGCGCGCGCGUUUCCAUAAGAGCAGGGCGAAGUUCAGCAAACUAGACCCACACAGCGACGUCUUCCGGCUACUCAGCGCCGUCAGUGCACUGGACUAUGUACCUACGGAACGGCGCAACCAGUUUCUGCACGACCAUUUCCUCCGCGGCAAGGUCAUGGACGAAGUAUGCAAGCUCCGCAAACAGGUGCUCUAUAUCAUCCGCGCCAACACCUCGCGUGACAAUGUCGCCGUGGCCAUCCGCGACGAAGAGCUCCGCGUCCCCGUGCCCUCACCCACGCAGCUGCGUCUGCUGAAGCAAAUGGUCGCCGCAGGCUUCAUUGACCAGGUCGCCGCACGUGCAGACCUGCUCUACCCUGACGACGCCCCCCUCGCGAACCGCGCAGCGCUGACCGGCAUCCCUUACCUGCCCGUGCUUGCCCGCUAUACCCGUCCCAUCUCGGACGCCUUUGUCUACGUCCACAGCGCCUCAGUGCUUGCCACCUCCUCCGAUCUGCCGCCAGCCUACGUCGUCUACCACUCUCUGCACCGCUCUGCGACCGGCACCGUCCGCAUGCGCCCCUUGUGCGACAUCAAGAGUACACCGCUUGCCAACGUCGCUCGCUCUGGCUGUCUGUUAACCUAUAGCAAGCCGCUGAUCACCAAGGGACUACGGCCCCACACUGUCUCGGCCGUCGAGCGCUACUGCUACGUCACUCCGCGCUUCGGCGCGGCCGCGGACAGCGACACCAAGAUUGGCUGGGACCUGAAUCCCAUACCCGUGCACCAGAAGCGUACUAAUGGGCGCUGGUUGACCACCAAGAUACUAACCAAGGCCCAGCUCAGCGCACACACCGUCUCCCAAUAG